GUAUAUAAACUGUUUCUUUCACAAAACCUCCUUGAAUAUUAUUUUUUGCGUAUUAUAUAGCUGCAACGCUCCACCGAUUCAUGUAGCCGGAAAUGUUGGAUAAAACUAAAGUAUUGUGUUAGUAGGUGACAAUGGACCUUUCCCCAGACGAAGAACACUUCCAGGGUCGAUUGUUGCAUCAGGCGGCAUUAUGGGAUAACCUCGAGCUGGUCCAAGAGCUAUUGGCCAGCGGAGCUGACGUGGACGCGAGGGACGAGCACUGUCGCACCGCACUGCACGCUGCAGCGCUCGCUGAGCGCAGCAGGUGUCUGCCGGCGUUGUGUGCUGCUGGCGUGGACGUUAAUGCUAGGUCUGAUGAGGAUACCGGUGGGAAGACAGCGUUACACGUCGCGGCGGAAUGCGGCCACGCUGAGAACGUCACAGCGCUGUUGUCAGCGGGCGCUGACAUCACAACACUUACAGCGGCCGGGGACAGCGCGCUGACGCUGGCCGAACGAUCGCGGCAUAGACACGCUGCGAACGUGCUGCGGGAUGCGAGAGAUGCACUCGAACGGGAGCGUCUCUCCCACCACGCGCAGCUCCGAGAGCUGGUUGUCAGGGGCGACGCGCGCGCUCUGCACGAUAAAUUGGAGGCGCUGGGGUCCGCUGCUGCUAUCGUCGCCAACCUGACUCCGGGGGGUGCGAACACGCUGUUAUAUGUGGCAUCGGAGCUAGGCAACCUGCCGACGGCGUCGGUGCUGGUCGGCGCCGGAGCGGACGGGCGCGCGCACCCCGUCACGAGAUACGGGCCGCUUUACAUCGCCUGCUAUCAUGGGCAUGUGGAUAUUGCGACGUUGCUGCUGGCACACUUUCCAGAAGCUGUACAGCAAGAAACGGUGGAAAAGUGGCUACCACUACACGCGGCGUGUAUCGGUGGUCAUCCGGCGCUCGUCAAGUUGCUACUGGAGUACCAGUAUCCGGACCAUUUGCUGACCACUUAUAAUGACGCAUCUGGCCAGCAUCAGUACCGCAUGGCGUUCGACGUGAACGCGCGCGACGCGAGCGGGCAGAGCGCCCUGUACGUAGCGUGCACGCUCGGCAACGCGGCCGUCGUGGACGCGCUGCUCGACUUCUCGCUGCCGGCGGUCGGCCACGCGCAGGCUUCCACAAAAGAAACAAGUCCUAAGGAACAGCGUAUAACGAGCCCCCAUCGCAGUGGUAUCUCAUUGGGCAUUCACGCGAUCGUCAACAAGCUGACUGGGGGGGGCAAAACGGCUGCGCCGGACACGGAGAGGCGCGUGCGGCCCGUGCGCACGGACAGCGGGCGCGGGCUGGACACGUGCGUGGCGUGCGCCGCGCGGCUCGGCCACGCGCGCGUGCUGCGGCGCCUGCUCGCGGCCGGCGCUAAGCCCGACGCGUGCGCGGAGAUGGUGUCGGAAGCGGCUCGCGACACGCGGCGUCGGUCUCGCAGCGCGUCGGUAACGCGCGGUCGCGCUUCGCCCGCUCCGCAGCACGCCGGCUACAACGAUGAUCGAGAAGGCUGGACAGCAUUAGCAGUAGCGGCGCGAGCUCGUAACGUGCAAAUCGUGGAGAUGCUGCUCGCGGCCGGCGCCACGGACCCCGGGGGCAAAGCCCUGCGCGAGUGCGCCAGGCACGGCUUGACGGACCUGGUGGCGGCCUUGCUGGCUACCAAGGCCUACCCCGACCCGGAGUACAAGCUGAACAAGUCGGCGCUGUCCGAGACGGUGCUGGCCGGGCGCGACGCUGACUCGGCGCUGUCGUUCAGCGCGCGCUGUCCCUCCACACCGGUCAUGAUCAACUGGUGGGAGCUGCGCUGCCAGCUGGCCAGGCUGCGCAUGAGCUGGCUCCGCGCCGCGGCGUUGCGUGUGAACCCCAAACUGAGUGCGAGUAACCACGCCUUACUCGCGCUGACCCGCUUGGAGGUGGCCAAUAACGAGUUGAGGGAACUGCCUAGAGAACUCUUUGGUUUGAUUAGUUUGAGAUACCUCAAUGCAGCCCAAAACAAAUUGGAACGGUUACCAACGGCUGACGAUCCUUUCGAAGAGGAGCUAGACGGCGGGAGAUUGAGAAGGAAAAGGGGAGAAAAGAAGAGUACGAGCGUGUACACGGCGCCGGUGCUGCAAGAGUUAUAUUUACAAGAUAAUCGUCUAGAAGCGCUUCCGCCGGAACUGUUCUCCCUGCCCGCCCUCACGAGUCUGGAUGUAUCCAACAACAAGCUAAGGGCUCUGCCAGCGAACAUGUGGAGUGCGCCGAGCCUGCGGGAUUUGAAUGCAGCCUUGAAUCACUUGAAGGAGCUGCCCAGUGGGGAUGAGCCCGUCAACGACUACGUGUCGGACGCGAGUUCGCCCGCACAGUCCCCCCUGCCGGGUGCUUCGCCCUCCUCGAAUAGCGCGCCUUUUGGAUUCUCGAUGAGUAAAUCAGCCUCCCGCAGUCCUUCGAUAGAGAACAGUGACGCAACGCCUGAUGAUGAUGACGUACCGGUUCUUGGCAACCGAGCUGGUAAUGCUAUCUGGUCGGAGGCUCGGCGCGCGCACGCGUGGCGCGGGGCCCGGGCGCCGAGCCCCGUGCGGGCCCCCGCGGGCCCCGGGGCCAGCUGUCUCGCGUCCCUCAACCUGUCGCACAAUCAGUUCUCUUGCAUCCCGCCGCCGUUGGCUUGUAAGGCCCCGGCGUUGACGAGGCUGAAUAUGGCUUAUAAUGGUCUGAGGUCGAUGUCCUACGUGACGUCAUAUCCGACGAAUCUCCGCCAGCUCGACCUUAGCUACAAUGAGAUCACGUGCUGGCCCAGUUUACCACAGGUGGACAGCUUCGGCAGUUCAGUGGGGUCCCCGCUCGCAUGUUACUGCGGUAGUGGGGCCGCGGGACGGUCCCGCCCCCGCUCGGGGGGCUCGGUGCGGUCGCAGCUGUUGAGUGCGGCGUGCGCGGCGAGACGGCACCUGCGCUUGGAGGCUUUGAGGACAUUGAUUCUAGCUAAUAAUAUGCUCACGCGCAUACAGCUGACAACAGACGAUGACGGUCUCGCACCGCCCAAUGAUCACCGGAAUGAUGACAAUGAAGAUGAGUGGUCCGAAGGAGAGUGUCGAUUGAAAAGCAGACUGCUGUUCCCUCUACUGUCCAUGCUCGAUGUGUCGUGCAAUCUGUUGAGAUCGGUGCCGCCGGCCAUACACUUGCUGUCCAACCUGGCUGUGCUCAAUUUAAGCGGCAAUAAAGACAUAACAGACCUCCCCCCCCAAAUGGGGCUGCUCACCCGACUGUGGAACCUCAACACGGUCGGGUGUUGCCUCUCGGAGCCGCUCCGCUCGGUAGUGCGCGGGGGGCGAAGUCGCAGCGUCGACGUGGUGGGUUUCCUGCGAUCGGUGCUGCACGAGGCGAAGCCCUAUGCAAGGAUGAAGCUCAUGAUUGUGGGUGUUCAGGGAAUCGGCAAAACCAGUCUGUUGGAGUGUCUCCGUCAAGAGUCUGCAAUUCACCACAGACGGAAACCGACUGAUCGUUUCAGAUACUACGCAACCCACCAGUACUUCCUAUCGCGACGCUCCCUCUACUUGGUCGUGUGGAAAGUGCCGGACGGGAAGAAGGGGUUGGCCACAGCUCUACAGUGGCUUAGAUCUAUACAAGCCAGAGCACCGGGUUCUCCCGUCAUCAUGGUCGGCACGCAUUAUGAUCAAAUUAUGAAUACAAACCUACCGGAGAGCGAGAGCCCCAUGGCGCUGCAGAGGCUGAUACGCGGCUGCGUGAUGGGAGCGCCGGACGCUGACAAGCUGGGACUGCCCAGGGUGCUGGAUACCAUUGAGGUGUCGUGCAGCACAAAGCACAAUAUUAAGCUGUUGGCGGACAUCAUAUAUUCAGUCGCAUUUAGCGUGAAACCCCCAGGCAGCAAAGAGCCGAUGCUGGAGCAGCGCGUGCCGGCCACGUACCUCGCGCUGGAGGAGUGCGUCAGCUCGCUCGCCGCCGAGCUCAAGGAGCCGGUGCUGCGGCACGACCAGUACAGGCGUAUGGUCACCCAGUACAUGCAGCAGAAGAAUUUAAAAAUGUUCAGAGAUGCGGCGGAGCUGCAUCAAGCGACAAUGUUUUUGCACGAAAAUGGCAUCCUGCUGCACUACGACGACGCGACGCUGAAGGAGCUGUACUUCCUGCGGCCGCAGUGGCUGUGCGACGUGCUCGCGCACGUGGUCACCGUGCGCGAGAUCAACCCGUUCGCUAAUAACGGCAUCAUGAAGGUGGAGGACCUGGCGCACGUGUUCAAGGCGUCGCCGGCGCUGGGCGGCGGCGAGGAGGCGCGCUCGCUGGGCGUGUCGCUGCUCAACAAGUUCGAGCUGGCGCUGUGCUGGGACGGGCGCGCGCUGCUCGUGCCGCCGCUGCUGCCCGCCGCCGAGCCGCCGCUGCCGCAGCCGCAGCUCGCCCUAAAGUCCCGCACGUGGCCGGGGACUCCGCGCCGUUUGUUCUCGAGCACGCUCUCCGCUAGCGACGACGGGAAACACUCCGACAUGGUCACUCAGGAGUGCGCAGGAGGCAUCCUCCUGUCGAGCCGCGACGGGGGCAGGUCGCUGCGGCGCAUCCUGCUCAUGUCGUACGUGCCGUGCGGGUUCUGGGCGCGGCUGUGCGCGCGCCUGCUGGCGGACGGCGCGCUGGCCGCCGCCGCGCCCGAACUGUACAAAGUGCCGCAAGAGAUUGAGCUUGAUGAGUCAUCUUCAAAAGCUCUCGAGCUCGGCUGGUCGUGGAAGGUCUGGAAGACUGGUGUGAAGCUGGUCUGCGGGCAGUUGACGCUCCUCUCGCUGAGGGAGAUCCCCCCCACCAAGGAUCCAUUGCUGGGGAGCCUCGCGGAGGAGAUUGAACCUGAGGAGCUUUAUCAUCAGAUGAGGUUUCGCGUCCGCCAAGAGGGCGUGUGGUGCGAGCUGGACAUGCAGACGUCCGCCUGUAUCGAGAUACUGCUGCCGGCGCAGGCGUGCGUAGCGCGGCGGAAAGAUGGCCUGCCUAUUGGUGGCUAUCAGGUAUUCAAAAACAGCCCGCCCACGUAUCCGCAGAGUAUAACGCUGGAGCCGAGCCCCACUGUGCUGGCGAAGGUGCUCGCGCUGGUCUCCGACCUGCUCGACCUGCUGCUGGAGGACUGGUAUCCCUCGCUGGGCACUCGGUUCGUGCACACGUCGGAGGGGCGGUGCCUGAUAACGCGCGCGGUGCCGUGCCCCGCGUGCCUGCGCGACGCCGCGCCGCCGCACGCGCCCGACCUGCGCGACACGCACCUGGCGCAGGCUUUAAAACGUCUCGAAAUGGGCAGCAACGAGCCGCGGCGGCUCAGGCUGUCGGAGGAGUCGAGAACGUCGGAUAGAGACAGUGGCGUUGGAAAUGAAUCUAUCUCGUCGUCCCGCCUCGGCUCCGUGGAGGGCGUGCAGCGGAGCUCGGCGGUGGGCGAGUGCUGGACCCUGGAGGAGUGCAUCCUCGCGGCCUGCACCGGCAAGCGGCUCGUGUGCCAGCACCACGCGGACGUGGAGCUGGCUGACGUGGCGCCCGACGUGCUGCUCCUCGACGUGGAGGAGAGCAAGCGCGCGCGCUGGGAGCACGUGUCGCUGGGCGCGGUGGUGGGGCGCGGCGCCUUCGGCACGGUGGCGGCGGGGGCGUGGCGCCCGGGCGGCGGGGCGCCGCGCCGCGUCGCCGUCAAGGCGCUGCAGCCCGUGCCGCCCGGCGCGCCGCACUCCAUACACGCGCUCACCGCUUACCGGGCGGCGGUGUCCCGCUGGGAGCGCGAGCCGCUGGCGGCCGCGUGCCGCGCGUACUGCGGGCUGCGGCAGGAGCUCGGCAUCCUCAGCCGGCUGCGGCACCCGCACGUGCUGCCGCUGCUCGCCGCCUGCCCCGCGCCGCUCGCGCUGCUGCUGGCCAUCGCGCCGCAGGGCUCGCUGGAAGGCACGCUGCGCACGUACCGCGGGUGCGGCGUGCGCGUGGGCGGCCGCGCGGCGCGCGCGCUCACGCUGCAGCUGGCGCGCGCGCUCGAGUACUUGCACGCGCACCGCGUGCUCUACCGGGAUUUGAAGUCCGAGAAUGUCCUAGUGUGGUCUUUCCCAUCGCCACAAGAAGCCGGCACCGCUGAGAGCGGAGAGGAUCCAAUCGACGUUCACGUCAAGCUCGGGGACUAUGGCAUCUCCCGUCUCGCUCCACCAUCAGGCACGAAAGGUUUCGGUGGCACGGAGGGCUUCAUGGCGCCGGAAAUCAUGCGGUAUAAUGGUGAGGAGGAAUAUACGGAAAAAGUGGACUGUUUCUCCUUCGGUAUGCUUUUGUAUGAGAUCUUCACUCUGCGCCAACCCUUCGAAGGCCACGAGGCGGUGAAAGAAGCCGUGUUAGAGGGAGCUAGACCUCCAUUGUCACCUAGGGACCUGCAAUACCCGUGCAGUAUGUUAGAGACGAUGCGCCGCUGCUGGAGCGGGGCCCCCGAGCUGAGGCCCUCGGCCGCUGCGCUGGUGGCUGUGGCGGCCGCGCCAGAGUUCCUCGCGCUGAGGGACGCCGCUGUCGUGCGCCAGGCUAGGGCUGCUGCGGUGACCGCCAUGAGGAAUGUGACUGAGGAGUGCGCGGAAGGCUGGGAGAUAUGGUACGGCGGCGCGGAGCCGGAGCGCGCGCACACGCUCAUCACCUCGCCAACCACCUUCCAUCACCAUCACACCAUCACCGUGCCGCCGGAUAAAGCUGAUCCAGUGAUAGUGACGGCCAUGUGUCGGGUCGGCAAUAACAUGUGGCUCGGCGACUCGGUGGGACGAGUGUCUGUUUACUCGAUAUCGGAGUGCGCGCUGCUGUGGAGCGCCAAGGUGUGCGAGACGGCGGGUGGGGGGGGCGCGGGCGCGGGCGGGGCGGGCGUGGCGGCGCUGCACCCGCUGCACCCGCACGGCCGGGUCGCACUCGCGCUCACCUGCGGCAGAUUAUUCCUAGUGUCGUCAGAGAGGCCCCAAGCGGAGAGCACAUUCGUGCUAACAGAGCUGGGCACGGCCACCGAGUUAAAUUGUCUUACCGCAGUGCACACGGAUAGUGGGCUAGAAGUAUGGGCGGGCGGUGCGGGCUUGUUCACCUACACGAUAACGGAGGAGGGCGUGAGUGGGGCGGAGAGCGUCCCCGCCCCACGGCCCAUGCCCCUGAAACACCUGGCCGCGUGCCCCAGGCUGCCAACCGUCCUGGCGGCUUGUAAGAAUGACGUGUACGUGCACGCGUACGCGGCGGCGAGCCGCGAGCGCAUCGCGCGGCUGGACUGCAGCAAGCUGGCGCCGAGCUCCGAGAGCCUGCAGUCCAUCGCGAGCGACGACCCCCUCACCGAGGACAGGUGUCGGGUGACGUCGCUGUGCGUGUGCGGCACGGAGGCGUACGUGGGCACGGCGUGGGGCUGCGUGGUGGUCGCGCACGCCGCGUCGCUUCGCCCGCUCGCCGUCUGCCGCCCGCACGAUGGGGAGGUUCGAGCAAUACUACCCUUGUACCCGCAUGGCAACGCCAACCAUCCAAUGUUGGCAACACUGGGCGACGGAUACCGACCGUUGCUUAAUAGAUAUGCACCUUCACAAUCUAACAACCCGAACAUAGCGCUGAGUGGUUACUACUGUCUACUGUGGCGAACCCAACAUUGGAUACCGGACUGAAGAUCUAGAACAAUCUAGAAAAGGUUUCUUGACCUGACAGCUUCCGACUGGAUGAAUCGAUUCGAAAAUUAUGUUUUUAUUUGGAAACGCACAACCCUGCUCCGUCCGGGUUGACCUGGGAAGAAUUUAAAUUUAGCCUAUAUCGCUCGGGAUAACGUAGAUUUAAUAGAGAAAUGAUUUCCAAUCCGGUUCAUCCGUUUCGGAUCCAAGCCCAAUCAAUACAAACAAACAACUCUUUUCUCUUUAAAAUAUAGUGUGUAAGUGUAGAUGUAGAUACGGAUUAUUUUUUAUAUUAAUCAAUAAAAAUUUAAAUGAAUGAAUAUACCAAAAAAAGCCUUGUCAGUCAGUCUUCGUAUUAAAUAUCCUAGUGCUUGAAGCUGUUUGUAUAUUUCAAUAGUUAUAAGAUAUAUGUUUUGUGUUUGAAGUGUUAUUAAUACUGAAUUGCUUUAUUAUUUUUAUACCGUUUUCUAUGUAAAUAAAACGUAGUAUUUUCUUGAAGUAACUUCGUAUGUUUAGUUGGGAGUUGGUAUAUGAUGUCCCUUUCCAUGUCCACUUUAAAAAUAGGGGAAAAGUAUAUCAAAAAUAUGAGCAAAGUGGGACGAUGAUAAUGUGUAAUCUAAAUUAAAUAAGUGUUAAAUGAUGCCAAUUCGAUGAACAUUGCGUGAGUUUUAAGGUCACAUUUUUUAUAUAUACAAUUACAUCAAUAACAUAAUGCUGCGAAAAAAGAAUGAUUUUAAUUUGAGAUCAGGAUAUAAUAGUACCUAUUUUGUUAUGCAUUAAGUUCGUUUCGCUCUGCAGAAUACUCGCUUGCAGCUUGUGUUGAAGUACCAAAGAUGUGUAAUAAAAUAUUGAAUUAA